GAGUUCCGAUCUACUCCGACGAUUUCGUUCCACCACCAUGUCCAGCAGCUGGAACGUGGACGCGUACCGCAGCGUGUCCCUCUCGGAGUGCCACUGGAAGCUGUGCCGCGAGUUCAUGACGCGCUACCGGCACCUCUACCCGGAGGAGCAAACCGUGGCGCUGGCCCAAAUCUUCGCCAACGCCCAGCUGCUGCUGCGCGGCGACGCCGACCAGACCACGCGGCUCGUGCUGGACCUGGCCAGGGAGCAACCUUCGGCGGAGGUGAAGCUCGAAGUGGAUGGCAUUGAGAAGGGGCUGGUUAAACGGGAGGAGGUUUCCUCCGAGGAUGUUCCGCAGGUGGCGGUUGAAAGGGAGCUGAGCAGUGUUGUUGUUAAAGCGGAGCAGAUAAACGAAUCGGAAAGGGAUGAUAACGCUGAAUUGUCCUCCACCCACGAAGACUCAACAGUAGAAUCGUCCACAAUUGGUCCACCCAGCGCCAAGCAGCGUAAAAGGGACCAGGGGGAACCCGAAACGGACGCCACAACCACAAUCCUGGCCAGUCAAACCCACUUCAAGCCCGUUAAAAAACUCCAGAACAUCGAGGACGUGUAUCGCAACCUGGUGAUCGUGGACAACGACUUUGAGAAAACGUGCCGCGAGUUCCAGAGACUGCACUCGGGAUCAAUUGAGUCGUUUCAGCAAACUUGGGACGAAGGACACUGCAGCAGCAAAAUAUUCGUCGAUCAGAUUGUGCUCGUUGAGGGCUGGAGCAAAACCGAGAGCUUGGCCAAGAAAAAGGCUCUGGCGGCCUUUUUCAAAAAGAUGAAAGUUUUCUGCUAUCAGAUUGUGUCCAAGAAACCGUCACACCUGGAGAACCAGAUCGCACGAACGGAAGAUCCCACGACAAACAGCAAGCAUUACAAGUCCAUCAUGAAACGUUUCGUUAAGGACUCCAUCGAGCAUGAACUAGUUUUCAGCGAAGAGUUUAGCAAAGCAGAGCGGGAUAAGUUACAAAGGUUUGUGCAAGUUUUUGUUACGGUUGACCUUAAAAUAAUACCCUCAAAACUCUAGGAUCGCCACCAAAUUGGAUCUGGAAACGUGCAUCGUGGAAUCUUCAACCAAUCCACAGUUGAAGAUCAUCGGCCAACCCCUUCCGGCCCUUGCCAUCGUAGAGCGCAUCGUUGUCCAGAAAGAUCCAGAGCUGGGCGAGCUGUACGAAGUGAUUGCACCGAGUGUGGGGGCGCGAGUGGAGGUCGCUGAUAGCACGUGAAAGAUGUUUAAAGUUUACAUUUACUGUUACAGUAAAAAUUCUCUAUAUUUUUUGAAAAAUUGUGGUUAAGCACAACGAUUAUGUUUAUCCUUGCUUUAUAAAGUUCAAAAUAUAAUAUAUGAAUGGGCUUCUAAGAAGUGGUCGCU